AUGGAUAUUACUUACCGGCCUUACAUUGAUCCCGAUUUCGAAAUUCUAAUAGAAAGAAUACAUCCUCCGAGGGUUUGUAUCGACAAUGAUACAUAUCGAGACUGCACUCUUGUCAAGGUUGAUAGUGCAAAUAAGCACGGGAUGCUGCUAGAAAUCGUCCAAGUUCUAACAGAUCUUGAUCUCGUGAUUUCUAAAUCAUACAUCUCCUCUGAUGGUGGUUGGUUAAUGGAUGUAUUCCACGUAACUGACCAACAAACGAACAAAAUUACUGACGAAAGCCUCAUUCGAUACAUCCAAGAGGGAAUUUGUGCAAGUAGGAGGGCUUACAGGGAAAUUAGACCAAGUAUUGACAAAGAGACGAUGUUAACACCGAUGUCAAUAGAGAACACGGCCCUAGAGAUGACGGGGAUGGAUCGCCCGGGUUUAAUGUCAGAGAUGUCGGCUGUGUUGGCCGAAUUGGGUUGUCGUGUAUCUGCUGCCAUGGCAUGGACUCAUAAGAGCCGAGCAGCAUGUAUUAUCUACGUGGAGGAUGCCUCUAAUGGUGAGCCAAUCACGGACCCAUGUCGGGUGGCCCAGGUUCAGGCCCAGUUGGAAAAUGUGGUUGAAGCCCACCACUAUGACAACGAGAGACGAAGUGUAAGGUUGACAGCCCCAGCUCCAGGCCAAACCCACACAGAAAGGCGGCUGCACCAGUUAAUGGUGGCCGAUGGAGACUAUGAGAUGUGUUGUUCUUGUUGUAGUGACGAUGACAGUGAUGACGAUGAUGUAUAUGGGCAUGGAAGGCAUUACAAGGCAAAGAAGAAAGAAUGUUACGGCACGCACGUGAAAAUAGAGAAAUGUAAAGAAACAGGCUACUCGAUUGUCAUCGUGAGGAGUCGAGAUCGACCCAAGUUAUUGUUCGACACCGUUUGUACUCUUACUGACAUGCAAUACAUAGUAUUCCAUGCAGCUAUUAGCUCCAAGGAAUCUAUAGCUGUACAGGAAUACUAUGUAAAGCACAAAAGUGGACGCUCUCUGGAUUCAGACGAUGAAAAGCACUUGGUUACCCAGUGUCUAAUAGCAGCUACAGAAAGGAGAAUUUCCCAUGGAUUAAGACUAGACAUUUGCACAGAAAACAGGACAGGACUAUUAUCGGAUAUUACGCGAGUAUUACGAGAAAAUGGAUUAUCUAUAACAAGGGCUGAGAUUGGUACCCGUGGCGGGAGAGCGGUUGGUACAUUUUAUGUGAAAGAUACCUCAGGACAAAAUGUCGAUCCAGAAACACUCGAAACGGUGAGACGAGAAAUUGGAAGCACUGUUGUAGUGGUAAACAAACCUUUGAGCACGCCUUCAAGGGCUACCUCGUCCAGAACAAGUAGGAGCAACAGUAGCGAAAUACAAGAAAGGCCGAGGUUUACGCUGGGAAGCUUGUUGUGGUCGCACCUUGAGAGAAUUUCGAGCAAUUUCAAACCCAUAAAAUCCUAA